AUGGAAGAUAAUCUGAUAUUUCAUAUGAAAAAUGAAAUCAGAAGCACCAAGUAUAAACCAGUAGACUACCAACAAUUGCAUGCAUUAACUGAAGCAAAAAAGUUAGCUUCUGCCUCUACAGAGCUAAAGAUCAGAAAAACAGUGCAGACUUCAAAGUUAUCUAAAGAACAAACACUAAUAAAGCAACACAAGCAAGUGUGGUGGCAAGAACACCAAAGGCUAAAUGAAGUCAGAUACAAAAUGGAAUCUGAAAUAAAAUCCUUAUUCAAUGAAGAGAACAUUGGAAAUGAAUGUCUUUCUGAUCUUAUGAAUUUUGAACAGGAGUUAUCAGAACAAUGGUGCACAUAUCUUAAAAAUGUAAUAAAUCCUAUUCAGCAAUUGAGAGAAGAUCUAAAAUACAGACAGCAUCACAUUUCACAGUAUUCACACUCACACAGUGAAUCUAACUCUGUGAAAGUAUUGGAAGAGGUUGAUUUCGUGAAGAAACAAUUGAAAGCUGUCUAUGAACAACUUAGGCUAGAGCAACAGAAAAUAGAAAAUUAUCUUUCAGACUGGAGCAUGAAAAUAUUAGAUCAUUCUUCAGAAGAAAGAAGUAACCUGCUUAGUGAACUGCCCAUGGAAUUAGAAACUUUGGAAUGUCCAUACCCUGACUUGAAAUCUUCAAUCCUUAAUGAGUUCUGUAACAUUACAGAGAAAUAUCAAAAGAAACUUCAAGAUUUUGAUCUGCAGUUAGAAGACAUAUGCAGAAACUUCCAAUUAAGUGAUGAAGACCACUGGAUUUACCAGGCUGUUUUGGAUCAGUAUCCUGGGGAUCUCUGUGGCCGAAGGACUUUGUAUCUGGACAUGUUACAAAGAUAUCUUCCACACAAAUCGAGGCAUGAUUUGGUCGAACAUGAGAAAUAUUGUGACCAGUAUCGUUUUGCUAAGGAGCAGCGAAGAAUCCUGAUAUUAAGUUGGAAUAAGAAUAGGAGAGACUUUAUACAGAAGGCUGUGCUGACACUGGCCGAAGCCUGUGCAACUCAUGAAAUGGAAAGCAUGUUGGCUAAGGACAGGAAAAAGCAACAGGAAGUGUGUGCUGAUCUGAAAGCCAAGGUUCUUCAGUGGCGAGCCCGCCAGGAAGAGGUAACAAGACUGGAAAUGGAAAUCUCUGCCAGAAGAAGAGAAAAGGAAGAGGAGAAAGAGAAACUGUGGAAGAAGAAGAAAUUGUUACAAAGAGAAGAGAAGAAAAAAGAGAUAAGAAAAUACUUGGCUGAUAAAGAACAGAAAUGGCAGGAAAUGGAAAUGAGAGAUCUUCGGCGUCUGGAAGAACUGAAGACAUUAAUGGCUGAACAGUCAGUAAAAGACAGAGAAAGGGUUAAAUAUAGACAAGAAUUAUUGGAAAAGCGUUUGAUGGAGAAAAAAGAAGUGGCCCUUCAAGAAGCGCUUGAAGAAGAAGAAAGAGAAAAGCGACUAGAAGCCCUGAGGAAACAGGUUGCUAUUGUCGCUCAAUUUGAUCCUGUUAGAAUGAUGUCAGAUACAGUGGCAUCAAAAGCAAGGAUGGGUAUUGGAACUGAAGAAGAAUUUAUUCUUCAAAAGCCACUCUUCACAUUGAAUACGUACAAUGAACAGCAGAUAAUUUCUGACCCUAGACUUCGUUUUGAGUUAGCACUCCGAGAAGCUGGACUUCAUAAAACAUUUUAUGCCAAAGAGAUAUUACCAAAAAUCAGUCCUCAAAAACCUCCAAGAAAGGAUAUGGAGUCUACUGUAUUUAAAAUCUAGAGUUCAUCCUCAAAUCCUAUUAUACAUAAGCAAGAUUUUUCUUUGAAUACAUUUAUAUGGAUAAUAAUAAUUACCACUUUCUAAAAGUUUACAAAUUAUCAGACGUAGAA